AAGGACUGAGAAAAUCGGAGAGAGAUGGGGAGAGCUCCAUGUUGUGACAAGGAAAAUGUGAAGAGAGGUCCAUGGUCUCCUGAAGAAGACGCAAAGCUUAAAGAUUACAUAGAGAAACAAGGAACUGGUGGGAAUUGGAUAACUCUCCCUCGCAAAGCUGGUUUAAGGAGAUGUGGGAAGAGUUGCAGACUGAGAUGGUUGAAUUAUUUGAGACCAAACAUAAGACAUGGAGAUUUCACUGAGGAAGAAGACAAUAUUAUCUGCAGCCUCUUUGCCUCCAUCGGAAGCAGGUGGUCAGUAAUAGCAGCUCACCUGCAUGGUAGAACUGAUAAUGACAUCAAGAACUAUUGGAACACUAAGCUUAAGAAGAAACUCAUGGCCACUAUGGCUCCUCCACGAAAUCAUCAUCUCUCAGCCAUUGCUUCAUCAUCAUCAUCAUCACCAUCACCAUCAUCACACUACAACAUGAUCAAUAGUCUUCUUCCUUAUGACCCCUCAAUGUCUACAAACCAGCUGAUCACGCCUCAUCGGGGGAUGAUGACGAUGAUGGGUCAACAACAACAACUAUUAUACCAAGAAGACAUGGGCAGUUUGGUAAAUUCUCCAAACAACAACAAGUUCGUAAUGAGCCAUCAAGACGACAGCCAGAAGCAAAGUACAAAUAAGGGAAUAAUGUUGUUGAGUGAUGUAAGAAGUGGGUCAAGUACAACACGAACAGUAACAAGAGUGAAGAUGGAGCAUCAUGUUUAUCAUCAUGAAGGAACUGAGAGAUCAAUGGAAGGUUAUGGAAUGGAUGAGAUAAAUCAUUUAAUAAGUAGUAGUUGUACGAGUAGUAGCAAUAGCUUGUGGUUUGAUGAAAGCAAAAGAGAGGAUAAGUUCAUGUUGUAUUAUUGAUCUCUCUCACCAACUUUGAUCCAAUCUCCAUAUUCUCUCCUUUUUUUCUCAAAACUAAAAAAAAAUUAUUUAAAAAAAAAAU